AUGUCUACCCAAAAAAGACCCUCGAGACUCAGCUUUUCGGCCGACAUCCGCGAUCAUCAAGAAAAGCGUCCCAAACUUGAGGACAAAUCCAGCACCCAGACUGUUAAUUCCGAGACUCAGCAAGAGACACUCCCCGAUAACGCAUCGGAAACCGUCCAGAACGCCUUUCCAACUCUUGAUGAAGCCAUCAAAAGUGUCGAAGAGGCAUACACCACUUCUGCUGUCCCUCCUCCCAGGACGUCGCCAAGUGAGCCUGAUGGAUUUGUUUUCUUCUCUGAUUCCUCUGCCCAAAAUGGUCAAGCGACCAUUGAUGACAUCAGACCACACCGCGAUGGUCGGUCUCCAUCACCCAGCGGUGAUACACGAAUUCCUCUGUGGUGGGAUGAGACUCGCGCCUUCAAAGGCGAAAUCAUCAUCGCCACGCGAAAGAAAAACAAGCAAGGCAGUGCGGGAAAAGUUGCCCGACAAGCACAGAAAGCCCCGUUGAUGGUGGAUGGAAAGCCACAGUUCAAUCUGUUUGUUGACGGGUCCUACCAAAGCCCGCAAAACGCGGAACCCAAAAUACUUGCCCGCGGCGGCUACGGCGUAGUCUUCCGUAACCCGUACCACGGGCAGGGAGCCGUCGAGUUCGACCAUGGCCAUAGCAAUGAAUCCUGGGAUAAUACCCGCCCUGAGCUCAAUACCCAGGAGGAUGAUUUGAAAAGAAAUGACUUCAACAUCCGGUCGUGGAGCUCACACCGCGUUUACUCCUCCCGCCACGCCGAGAUGGCCGCUGUCUCACAGGCACUCGAGACUGUGAUUGCAAUAGUCAAGCGCCAACAACCCUCUUCCGGAGUCUCGGUGAACAUUUUCUCGGACUGCAAGGAUGUCAUCAACCGCAUUGCUAGACGUCCGGUCCCAGAGAGUGAGGGCAUGACCGAUGCUGACGCCUUGUCUAUGCCACUGCUGCGUGCCAUCGUCUGGCAAUCUCACUAUCUGUUUGAUGAGUGGGAUUGCAAGGUAAAGCUACGGUGGCUACCAAGGUGCUGCGUGCUAGCUCACAGGCUUGCUGACCAUGUUGCGGGAUGGUGGAAGAGCGGGGACAAGCACGGGAGCGCUGACGGCGCUGGUGUCAUCUUCCAGCAAAAAGACAGGCCUGUCUGGCGGAGGGAUGGCAUCCUCGAUGCACUCCACGGGGAUCUCACCAAAGUUGUGGACCGGAUUAAGAAAAGAGAGAUUAAUCGUCCAGCACGUUCUCUACGCGCGCCAAAGCUCAAGAGACAAGAGGGUGGGGAUAUGCUCGAUCGUUUCGCUGGUUCUGCAGUGCAGACGAAUUUCAGCAGUGAUUCGCUGCUUGAAAUGCCGCCAAUUUGGGAACGAAGCGGUGCGUUUAGUAUGGUAAAUGAGGAUAUGGCCAAGGUCCUGAAGGGUAGGCCGUCCGAGGAUGAGUAG